GGCUCCCCUGCUCCCCCACCCAGCCCCGGGUGCCCUCCAGGCCUGGACGGGACCACUGCACAGGUAGCGAGUGCAGGGCUCCGCGCCCUGGGAGCAGAGCCACGUCUCCCUGGUGUGGGGGACUCGGCCGCACACCUGUCCCCUCCUGGGAGCCCCGCUGUGAUCCCGGCUGGCCCUGAGCCCCCGCUACCCGACUUCCUGUCUCCCUCCCACUUCCUCCCACUGAGAUCGGCCAGGGCUGGAGGGAGAUGGUCACUUGGAUCCUGGAGACGGCAGUGGGCAGGUGGUGGGCAGUUGGGGCGUGUGGCGCUCUCGCCGGUGUGGUUCCUCUACAGCCUGCUCAUGAAGCUGUUCCAGCGCUCCAGGCCGGCCAUCACCCUCGAGAGCCCCGACAUCAAGUACCCGCUGCGGCUCGUUGACAAGGAGGUCAUCAGCCAUGACACCCGGCGCUUCCGCUUUGCCCUGCCGUCCCCGCAGCACAUCCUGGGCCUGCCCAUUGGCCAGCACAUCUACCUCUCGGCUCGAAUAGAUGGGAACCUGGUCAUCCGGCCCUACACUCCCGUUUCCAGUGAUGACGACAAGGGCUUUGUGGACCUGGUCAUCAAGGUCUACUUCAAGGACACCCAUCCCAAGUUUCCCGCUGGGGGGAAGAUGUCCCAGUACCUGGAGAACAUGCAGGUCGGAGACACCAUCGAGUUCCGGGGCCCCAAUGGGCUGCUGGUGUACCAGGGCAGAGGGAAGUUUGCCAUCCGGCCCGACAAGAAGUCCAGCCCUGUGGUCAAGACGGCCAAGUCGGUGGGCAUGAUUGCAGGAGGAACAGGUAUCACACCCAUGCUGCAGGUGAUCCGAGCCAUCCUGAAGGACCCGGAUGAUCACACCGUGUGCUACCUGCUCUUUGCCAACCAGACGGAGAAGGACAUCCUGCUGCGGCCAGAGCUGGAGGAACUGAGGAACGCACAUUCCACUCGCUUUAAGCUGUGGUACACGUUGGACAGGGCCCCCGAGGGCUGGGACUACAGCCAGGGCUUUGUGAACGAGGAGAUGAUCCGCGACCACCUCCCAGCCCCGGGUGAGCAGACGCUGGUGCUGAUGUGUGGGCCGCCGCCCAUGAUCCAGUUCGCCUGCCUGCCCAACCUGGAGCGCCUGGGCCACUCCAAGGAGCGCUACUUCACCUUCUGACGCGGGGGCCGCUGCCACCUCUGCCUCUGUCCACGCCCGUGCUGCCGCCUGUCCUUCCCUCCUGCCACACUGCCCGGCACUGGCCCACUUUGUGCCCCGGGACCUGGGUUCAGCCUGGCCUGCCCACGCCCUGGUGGUGCUGCCGGGGACACCCCGUCCCUACCUUCUGAACCCCGCCCCAGGCCCUGUGCUGAGGUCGCCAGCACCGGGCUCUCGGCUUGGAAAGGUGGGGAUCCAGAGUUGGGGACCAGGGGCUCAGCCAGCCGCCCUUCACGCCACCCUCACUGACACUACACGAGAUGACCUGAAGUCCCCUCCCCGGAGCCCGCAGGGCCUGCCAGCUGGAGCCUGGCUCUCAGGGGACCCCAGCAUUUCUCCUGCGCCCCAUACUGUACUCAGGCAGCCCCGUGCGGCCCAAGUCGCCAGCCUGGCAGAGUGCAGAAGUCCCAGCCCUGGGGGCACACAGACCCUCGGUGCCUCUGCCUCUGCCCACAGUUGGCGUCCUGUCCUCCCCAACGGGGACCUGCGAGGUGCCUGUUUUCUGAGCGAUGUCCUUGGUGGCCUUUAUAUGACAACUGUGUCUGCCUCUUGCUUAGUGGCUUUUCAGAGUCAUUUAUGAGCAGAAAAAGUACUGAAGUAAAAUUUUGCUACCAUUAA